AUGGAUACGGUACUAGAAAGCAUAGUAGGAACCUUGCUUGAAACAAGAAACUACACUUUUACUGAACAGUUUCUUGAUCAAUUAACAGAACUUACCUUACAAUAUAUUAAUGAACUUUCAGCGGAUCUUUCAAAGUAUACACGCAUACAAAGGAGACAACAGCCAUCUAUAUCUGAUAUCAAGCUAUUGCUAAAGCUAAAACACAUUUCAACAAAUGAGCUAAUACAGGAAAUCGAACUAAGCAAGAAGUUUACCUAUCGAAAACAACUAACGUCAUUGUUAGACCUGUUGGUCGAAGAACCAAUCAACGAACAAUCGCGUCCAUUCUUUGACCAAUCGUCAAUCACAGAACUUGUGCCUAGAUUAAAUGUCAAACCAAGCUAUAUCCCAUCUUAUUUACCAGAUCUACCUCCAGAUUAUACCUACCAAUCAACCCCGGAGUACAUGGAAACACUAACUGAUUUAAAGAAAUUACGAAUGAAAUUGGUAGAAGAAUCAAGAAUGACAGAAACAUCUUUGUACAAAUUGAUAGAAUAUGAUGAUAUUGAAUGGAGACAGAAGUUUGAACAAGAACUAGCGGAGUUGGACCCAAACACAUCUGUCAACGACACCACAAACUUACCAAUAGCGACUACAGAUGCAAAGACGAAAAAUAGUGAGGAUUUCAAGUUUGAUAUUGUCGAGUAUGCAAGAAUGAGAAAACAACUCCAAAUCAAAAGGCAUAGAAAUUUAGAAACUAAACGGAAAACAAGAGAAGAGAACAUUUUUAUGAAAGCAGAAAUGUACUAUUCGCCAUACUCCACAAUCGAGCCAACCCCAGAAGUUAAAAAAUAUUUUGAGGAUGUCUUAUCGGACGGGUUCAAGAAUGUGAUAAUGUCGGUACGAAAUACCGAAAAACUCAAAGAACAAAAACUCAAACGUCAAAUAGAAGAAAAUGCCAGACGGGAACAAGAAUUGCAGAAACAAAACGAGUCCAUAUCAUUUAACUUCCCAGCAAUAAACCAACUGGAAAGUGAAAGUGAGAGUGAACAGGAAGAAAAAGAAUUGAAUUUUGAUGCUAGUGACAACGAGAGGGAAAGCCGGAAUUUGGUUGUUGUACAAAGUUCUGACGGAAAAGCCUUACAACAACUUAACCCCCCGCUUUCUGAAGACGUAUCUGACAUAUCGUCGGAUGAUAUGGACAUUGUUGCGUGA